AUGCAGCUGUUUUUGAUUGAGACACUUUGUCCCCGUCGCAAAAGACACAAGCCUCCAAUCGACAAUGUCACCAUCGCUCUCAUUGAGCAUCACCUGGGCUCCUACAUUGGGCUUUCCCCUGUUCGGGAGACCAUCGUAAAAGUCAAGACAAACACUUUCAAAGAUGUUGGCAUAUUUUGUAUUUUGCGCCAUGCAAUUAGGAAUAUUAAUUUUUUAUUGGCCAUGCUGCUGGAUACCGAGUUUAAAGAAUUGGAUGCAUUGCUAAUGAAUGUGGACCUCCCGGUUGAAAGCAAUGGCGAAGCAACACAGAAGCCUGAAAGUAUAAAGCACAGGGGCCCAAAAAAAGAGCCUCCGCAUGCGGUGGUUGAAAGGUUAAACACGUUUUUUGAAUCGAUGUCGGAAAGUAACGAUUUUGCAUUUAAUUGCUACGAGCCGUAG